UCGAAAAAAACAGUGUUUAUCGAUAAACACUGUUUAUCGCCGAUAAACACUGUACAUCAGUCGAUAAUCAGUGAUUAUCGGCGAUAAACAUUGUUUAUCUGAAUUAUUAGGCAAAUGGCGCGUCAUACACGAAAGGAGGAAACAAAUUUGCUCUCUUUUUUUUUUGCACACGGACCAUGGUUGAAUGCCUCAGUCUCUGUAAUUAUUGAUAAGUAAGCGUGGUAAAAUAAGUAAUAAGUAACCUUGAUAAAAUAAUCUUUAUAUCAUGUUUUUCUUUGCACACGAAUAUUAGUUCUCGAGACAUUGUAAACACAGGCCAGGCAACAUAAAUCCCACCGCAGAACACAAGGUGACAUUACUGUGCUUGUAAGCCGUUUGAAUCUGUAUUAAAAAAAAGGAUCAAAAUGGCGUCGUUUGUUUCCAUCGCUCUGGUCAUGCUGUUGAUUGUCAGCACCAGUGCCCAAGGAUACGGUCAAGCACAGCUGCACUUCAAUGGCGCGAUUUCAUGCCAAGGUUCAACAGAAGGCUGCAAUAAUUUUGGAACUCCAAGCAACCCGGCAUUGUCCUGCCAACAUGUCAAGGAUGUGUGCCGUGAAGCAGCCAGUGACUUUUACUACAUCGAGAGCGCUGGGCUCUAUCGAAAGGUGUUUUGUGAGAUGGACAUUGAGGGCGGUGGGUGGGCCCGCUACGGCAGGUCCAACAAAGGAACCGUCUGGAACUAUGUUGACGAAGACGCCACCGAAAUCACUCUCGACAUCAUCUCCCCUUCCGAAGUCAAAGAGAUGAUUGAUCUCAAAUACAAUCAUUUCCUGGUCCAAACUGACGUUGUCUUCAAAAUGCAGGCAGAUAACAGCGUUAACCCGUCGCGUCUCACUACACGAUCCCUUCCUUGGCUUGUGGAUACACCUCUGUUCAUUCCUGAUUACGGCGACGACCAUACCCGCAUUGAAUUUCCGUCUGGCAGUGUUGAUCGAGUGACCUGCAUUCCGGGAGGUACAAGCAAAUGCGGACAAGGGGGAGGGCUGCCACCUGCCAAUGGGGUUUCCAAGCCCUUCUUCUUCCAGUCGCUCUUCUUCUCGCCCCGGGGAACAGGGGCAAGCUUGUCUGGUAACCCUAGUAGUCAGUGGCACCGCAACAAGUACACUUGGAACGGAAGCUACUAUUAUGUGUAUGCCAAGUAAUGAUUUGGUCGAUAGAGUAAAACAUGAAACCUUGUUCUAGAUAAGAAGUAGUAUAAAUCUAUCACGGUUUUUUUUUUACAUACUGUGUAUUAGUACAUUUUAAAAUGUAACUUAACAAGCGAAGGAUGAAGUAAUCUUAGCUUGAAUGGAUUGGAAAAAUGAUUCAUGUCAUUUAAUGAAUUUACAGAAACGGAAAAAACUGAAUAAAUCAAAUCAAAUCUUACGACACCUUGCCACUAAUAUUAGAUACAACCAAUUUUGGGAGAAUUUGACGUUAUUACGCAUUAAUUUUGUGGGACUGUCAAAAUUGAAAUUGAAAUGGAUUAGCUAGGAAUGAUUCCCUGAUUCUUCCAUUUAAAUGUGAUUUAAAUGGCAUCACUACAUUUUAAUUUGUUUUUCCAAGCAGAAUUUGCAGAUAGCUCGUAGAUUGUCAGAAUGGAUUGAUUAAUUGAUUUCUUGAUAGAUUGAUUGAAUUUGGUGAAUGAAGUAUUAAUUGAUUUGGUGAUGUAUUGACUGACAGAUCGAUUGAUCGUUAAUACGUGUGUUUGUUUGCUUGUUUUUUUUUUAUUUAUUUCAAUACGCUUUUAAAAAAAACCUGCUUUCAGCCGCAAGGCUUUUUUUAGCAAGUGUACAAAAAAAAGACAACAUUAUUAAAAUAACAAAGUAAUUGCAAACUAUUUACAAAGGAUAGUAAAUAUUUAGAAUGGAUUAAAGCCGAUCAAUAAAGGAUUUUUCCAAUAGAA